AUGCGACAGAUACAUCGCCCUCAACAGGCACGCAGUGAACAUGCCUUCGUGAACACCUUGCUGGAAGCCCUUUCCGAGAAUGCGAAAAUCCAGAUCGAGGCAGUGGCUCCGGAUGGCAACCAUCCACGUGGACCGAUUUGGGAGAACCCAUGGGAUGACCGGGACCAGAUGAGACUCAAACUGCACGAGCUAGGGACUACCUUGAAGCGCUAUGGGUCCUACGGCCUUGCUGCGCUCAUUUGCGAGCUGAGCCUCGUCGUUUGGCAACUUCGGGCUUGGUUCACGAUCGGUGCUGGCUUGCUGGUGGUUGAGGUGUUGAAACGCAUCUCUGAGAUGCAACACCGGCUUCCCAGCGCAGAGGGACAAGACCCCGGCCUGGCAGCCUUGAGGGUCAUCGAAGGAUUCAUCUUGUUCUGUGCUGCACGGCACAAGAGGAUCCGCAAGGAUGCGACCGCAGCUCUGGAACGAAUCCUGCUCAAAAAAAGGCUGCCGCCUUGCACUUCGGUGCGCAUCGAGGCUGCUUUGGUGAGCGUCGGCUGGCAAAAGGGUGCAGCGAGUGGGCUACAGAAGCCACACUUACUUGACAACGCGGGAGAGGACUGGCUGAAUGAGCUGGCGAUGGCUCUGAAGCCAAAUGCAGAAGCAGAAGCAAAGAUGACACGAACCAGGGAAAUGCUCGAAGCAGUGGUGCAGAAUCUUUUUCCUGGUGCACGGUGUGACUACUUCGGAAGCGCAGUGAACGGCUUCGAAACUCGACUGAGUGAUAUCGAUGCAGUGAUCGUCUUCAGCAAGGAGGAGAUGGAGCGGCUAUCGCAGAGAAAUGGGCUCCCGUCUCCUGCCUCGUCGCCCGCCCUGAAAGCAGCAGCCCAGCCUUUGAAGGGACUGGCAUUGGCCAGGCGCUUGCAGAAGGAGAGUGCUGCCGUUGCUGUCCGAAUGAUGGGAGAGGCUUUGGUGGCCAACGAGGAGUGGGGCUUGGAGGUGAAGGAGAUGGUGACAGAAGCACGUGUUCCAGUGCUGAAGUGCACGAGCAGAGAAGGGGUGGCCAUCGACAUCACCUUCAACAACCUGCUGCCCCUCUACAACUCGAAGCUACUUAAGGCUUAUGCGAGCCUGGACGACCGUGUCGCGCGGCUGGGGCGGUUGGUGAAAUUUUGGGCCAAGAGCCGGAUGGUGAACGAUGCAUUGGAGGGUACAUUGUCGUCCUAUUCUCAUUGCCUGCUUCUGAUACAUUUUCUGCAAUCUAUUGCUGUUCUACCGAAUCUGCAAGACACCAGUGGCAUUCCGGAUGCAGCGGAGCGCGCCAAGUUCGGGGAAACUGAUCUUUUCGAUGGCGUGCACGAUGUCUGGUUCUUGGAUCCUGGACGCCUUCCCAAAUCCUCAGAGCGUUGGAAAAACUGGGCUUCCAAGUCUCCUGUAGGAGCUACUCUCAGAGGCUUGCUGGCCAACUUUUUCUGGUACUUGGCCUAUGAAGUCCCUGCCCAUUCCGAUGUCCUCAGCAUCCGACAGCCCAGCCGGAUCCACAAGGAGGUCUACUUCAGAGAGAUGCUACAGAGAAAGAAGGCUUUAGGACAGGAUCCUGUUGAACCUGCUUUGGAGCCUCUCGACACUGCCGAGGAGCACGACUGCGAGCUAGAAGAGAAGGUGCCAGAGCAGGAGGAGCACGAAGAUCACGAAGAGCAAGAAGAACAAGAAGUGCAAGAAGACGUUUAUGCAGAGGACCUCGGCAAGGAACUCCUGAACGAAGCGCAACAUCCGCAGGUUCCAGAACCAGAGGUUCCUGCAGAUCUGUCGCAGAAGUACAGGCUCCCCACGGAGCAACACGAACUGCAGCAGGCGAUGUCCACACGGCAGACGCUGUGCAUCGACGACCCCAUGGAGCUGGGACGUUCCCUCGGUGCGAGCUUCCAGGGAUUCGAACGUCUUUGCUACGAGUGGAGGCGCGCAUAUCACCUCCUGUCAGAAGGGCCUGGCGACGACAUUCAACGCUUGCGUGAGCUGUUCUGUGACAAGCCCGCGCCACCUCGGUCGAUCUACACCCUUGAGAAGCAACGGGUGUUUCCAACUUUGGUCGAAAGGGCCGAUAGGGACAGCAGGGCCGACAGGGCGGACAGAAGAGGCGACAGGUGGAGUGGGACAAGUGGGAGUGGCAGGUCCUGGUAUCCCGGAGCUUAUCAAGGCAAGGGUCCGACGGCAGAGUUUCCGCAGAGCACGGCAUACCCAGGCUGGCGUGGUCAGAAGGGGCCACGACAUGGAGAAGAUGUUGGCCAAGCGCGAGCUGGCAAGGACACAAGGUGGAGCACAAAGGAAGGAGAUGGCAAAGGGGCCAAGGAAGGAAAAGACGGAAAGUUUGUGGCUAUUGCUAUGGCGAAGGGUAUCAAAGGCCAAGCCGAGGGCAAAGUUGAGCAAUUGCAACGUGUCUCCAUGGACUUCUCCAAUCGGCUUUCUGCGGUUCAUGCCGAACUGGCGGAGGUGCGAGCUGCCUGCGCGAGUGGCGGAGGUUACCUGGGCAUCUCUGGCAGUGAGCUUGCAAGCUACGUGGAGGAGCUACAAGAGAAGGAACAGCUGCUCCGCCAAAUUACCAACUCGCAGGUCGGACCACUGAGGCCACCUCCACCCGGUCCGGCUAGUACCUUCGACCGCUGCGCCUUGCCCAGUGUGAGCCAGCACCUCUUGGACUACGAGGCCGUCCCUUACGAGGCUGCUAAGGCCCUCCGGGCCUUAGCCUCCCUCGCUUACAGUGAGCCCGUGGAGGUGGCGAAGGGGAGCUGCAUAGAGCAGCUGCUGCGAAUUCUCCGCCUCCAUCGUGAUUCCCUCGAGAUCCUGGCCUUGCGCUGCCUUUGUCACAUCUGCUUCUCCGCCGAAGCGGUCCGAUUUCUGCCAAUUCAGAUCCUGCCAGCUUUGCUUGAGACAGAGAAGGAGGAAGGCUCGAAGCUCGCUUUCGAGGCUAUGGCCCGAAUCCUGGUGGCCGAGGCCACCGAGCGGCCAAGGCUCUCGCCAGAGCUCUUCCGAGCCCAGUUUCAGAAAGCGCAGGGCCAGGGUGCGCAGUCCUUCAAGGAGAUGCUCUUUCAGAGCCUUCAGGGAGAGCUCGUGCCGGCGACGUUCUUGGCCGAGCAAUUUCUCGCCUCUGCACCCGUUUCCACGGGACAGGACGGAAAGGAAGAAGUCACGGCUUUGGGUUGGCUCUGGAUGCUCGCAGAGUUGCUUGAUACAAAAGGAAACAGAGAGCUGGCUGAAGCUUUGGUGUGCCAGAGAAGUGGCAUGGUCAAGGGCAUUGCAACUGCAACAACUGCUCUCAUGGACGUGCACACAACUUCACUUAGUGUGCAGCGUCAGGGCAUCGCUGCACUGGCAGCCUUGGCCCGGAAGCGAAGUGGCCCCAUGGCCAUCGCAGAGGCUAGCAGCGUGAGGCGCGUUGAGAAAGCACUGAGUGCACUUGGAGACGAUGCAUCACUUAGCUGCAGCUCGAUCUCGUUCUUGGUUUCAGUGCUGGACUGGCCACUAGCGGCGCAGAAGCUGUGCGAACUAGACUUUGCUCGCAUCGUGUUUCUCAUCAAGCAGGCCAUGCAACGUCACUUGGAUGUCGUUUCUCUUCAGGUGGUAGCACUGUCCAGCUUGGCCAGGUUGCUGGAAAUCCUGGCCUGCAAAGCGGAUGUCAUGGCCGGUGGCGCUGAGGGCCUUGUGAAAACGGUGAUGGCCCGGCACAAAGACCAAGAGCAGCUCUGGACCUGGGGCCGCAUCGUGUUGGACAGUCUCGGCGCAGAUCGACACUGGACCUACCGCCAGUGA